AUGGAGGCCAAACUCUCCGAAAUCAGCGUCCUCGCGCGCGCCGCGCUCUCCCUGCUGGAGGGCGAAGUGUCGCCCAAGACAGCCGAAGCGGCGACGCUCCUCUGCCGCGUCGCCGCGCUCGCCGAGGCCCCCGAUGCAGCCGCGCUGCCGCCGAGGCCCGACGCCCUGCUGCCGGUCGAGGCGACGCCGGCGCGGCGGCCCGAGCCGGAAGACGCCUUCAAGACCGCGCGGGCGACGCCGCCGCCGCCUCCGAAGCCCCUGCGCCGGUCGCCGCGGCGGUCGCCACCGAAGGCCGAGCCGGUACUACAGACGCCGUCCGUGACGUUUGCGCCGACGCCGGCCGAACCGCCACAGCAAGCGCCGGCCGCACAAACUGAACCGGCGCCGGCGGAAGACCAACAAGGCCCGGCGCGGACGAGCAACGUCUCGGACAUGUCGCUCGACGACGAGGACGAGGACGAGGAGCCGCCGCGGCGGUCGGAGCGUAUCCAACAACGCACGUCGAGCGCGAGCGAGGCGUCGGCCGAGGACGCGCCGGUUUCAUCAGCGGACAACAAGGAGAACGACGAGCCUCUGGUGGACUCGCCCGAGGAGCGGCGCCGCGCGGCCGCGUCAUUUAAAGCUCGAAGAAGGAGGCGGACGGUGGACGCGCGCUGCUUGCUGGGCGACGACUCGCCGCCCGAGAAGGCGCGCGUCGUGCUGGCGGCGUGGAGCGACGACGAGCCCAACAACGCUGAGGACGAGACCGUUGAGCUCGGCGCGAACGCCGAGGCGGAGACCGUCGAGAUUUCGGUGAAUGACGGGACGGGCGCGGCGGCCGCGGCGGCGGCGCUGGCCUCGUCGGGGGCGACGUCAGGCGCGGCGGCGGCCUGGGCUCAAGCGAUAGAAGGGGCCGAGGCCGCGCAGCGCGUCGGCGUCCAGAGUCCACCGGUUGCGACGAAGCGCCUGGCCUGGGCGGACCACGACUUCAGCGCGGGCGGGUCGGCCAAGGCGAACCGGGCCGGCGUCGCCGCGGCCGUCAAGGCCCUCGUCGAGGCGCGCGACGCUCUCGUGAAGGAAUCGCCCGCCGACGCCGCGGCAUUAAGGGACGCGCUGCGCUCUCAAACCACCGCCGCGGCGGCGUUCCACGCGCGCGAGCUCGACGCUGCAUUAAUGGGCGAACCGGGCGAGCUCGGCGAGCGCGCCGUGGCGCUCGCCGACGACCUGGCGCGCUACGAGAUGCGGCGGCUCCUGAACCCGCCGCGGGACCCGAUCUCGACGCCCGCGGCGCUGGAGCGCGCGGCGGCUUUGCGAUCACCAAGAACAGUCUCACCGGUGUCGCUCGUGCCGGACUGCGUCGCCGUCGCCGAGUCGGCCUUAGACCGGUCGCUCGCCGUGCUCGUGUCGCGCGCGCUCGACCACUGUAGUAAUGAGACGCCGCCGCCGCCGACGCCGCCCUCGACGAAGGGCGACGCGUUCGCGCGCGCCGUCGCGGAGGCGGACGCGGCCGUCGCGCCCCACGCGCGCAGUUUAGAGGCGUGCGCGGCGCGACGCUUCGCGCGGCGGUUCCUCGGCGACUCUACAGUGACACAAGCGGUGAACGCGAGCGGCGGCUGGGCGGGCGUGCGGCGGGCGGCGGCGCUCCUCCCGGGCUCCAAGUUCGCUUUGCUGGACGACGUGCCCGCCCUCGUCGCUGCAUUGAACGCGCGCGCGGCGGCCGACGACGCCGAGCGCCGGGCGGCCAAGGCGGCGCUCAUGCGCCUGCAGCGCGCGGACGCGGCCAUGCUCCGGCGCGUCUGCGGCGUGCCGGCGAAGCAGCGCGUGCCCAAGCCCAAGACGCUCGCGGCGCACGUUUCUGAUCGCGCGUCCGAGGCGCUCGACCUGGACCUGUCUUAUCCCGACUUCGUGGCGCGCGCCGCCGGGGUGUAAGUUCGGCCGCUCGUCUUGGUACUGUCUCCCUUCCUUCUUCCUUCACCUUCGCGACUGUCUCGGCACCGAACACCCCAGCAGAUAGAGCAUGGAAGAGCAAGGUCCUGGCCAUGGCUGCAUGGACGUCCUUCUGACUCCUUCACGUUCGCGGCGGCCCGUCCCGGUACAUCUAGGCCCGAAUCAUGGGCGGCACGUCGUCGAGCGAAUCAGCGGCGAUAAAGACCCGCAUGAAACGUCCAGGGAGUUGUCUGGCUUGCUGCCUAGUGUCUUACAGGCCGCUAGCUAGCACGGGAUUAGUGAGAUAUCGAGCCACGCGACUCAGUCCACGCGGCCCAUCGGCAAAGUUUGGACCCACCGGGCGCCACCAAAGUCUCAUUACUUUACGUUAACGCCGCCGCUACCGCGAAACCGCGUCAGACCGGCGGAUUAUUAGAAUUCCCAGCCAGCGGUUUCAUCAUACCCUGAUACGCACGACGGCGUACCUCUAAAACACUCGACGGCCUACACGUUGCUGUGCUUCUCCCUACUCAUAGGGGCCUACGUCGUCUUUGACCAAGCGAACAGCCAAAAGAACGAGUUCCGACUUAGAAGGGCCGGCGUCGUGAUUGAUAGAGUAGCCUUCCCGCAGCUGCCCUGGGCGAUCCUCAAGGACCCGCAGUUCCUCAAGACGUCGAACGGCGGCACUCUACUAGUAGACGGCUGGUAUCAGUAUUGUAGGAAGCCCCACUACAUGGCCGACAUAUUGCAGGCGUUAUGCUGGGGCCUGAUCUGCGGCUUCGAGGUCCUGCUGCCCUACUGGUACGUCUGCUUCUUCGUGCCCAUGAUCAUCCAUAGAGCCGUCCGCGACGACGCGCGCUGCGCGGAGAAGUACGGCGCCGACUGGGACACUUAUAUCAAACGCGUGCCCUACGUCUUCGUGCCGGGCGUCGUCUAG